GUACUUAAUAUCAUGUAAGGAGUCACAACAACACAAAUUUCAAUUUUCUUUUCCAUUUUUUUUUUAAUUUAUUCAAAAUUUAAUUCCAGUGAAGAACAAACACCCAAUUUCUCUGUUCUUUAAUUCAUAUUUGCUGGGAUAGAGAGCAUUCUGAAGAAGAAGAAGAAGAAGAAGAAGAAGAAGAAAGACGAAAUGGAGGUCCGUUCUGAGGAGGCGAUCCGCCAGCUUCAAGCUUUGAUGGAUCACGGUUCGCAUUCUCUUUUUCCCCUGUUUUUUUGCUCCGAUCCGUGUGUUUUCUGCGAGUUUCCUGUUUUUGAAGUGGAUUUCUGCUUCCCCCUCCCCCAAUCCCAUGAGCUUGAAGAAAGGGAAGAAUGUUCAUCAAGGCUAUCUAGCUGAAACGUUGGAGCGAUUUCUGAAGGCGCGAGAUUGGAACGUUAGCAAAGCCUACAAAAUGCUGCUAGAUUGCUUAAACUGGCGAGUAGACAAUGAAAUCGACAUGAUGUUAACAAAACCCAUAAUUCCUGUUGACAUUUACAGAGCGGUUCGUGAUUCUCAGCUCAUAGGACUUUCAGGUUAUUCAAGAGAGGGCCUACCAGUCUUUGCCAUUGGUGUUGGACUCAGCACGUUCGAUAAAGCGUCUGUUAACUACUACGUUCAGUCACACAUUCAAAUUAAUGAAUAUCGGGAUCGCGUAAUCUUGCCUUUUGCAUCGAAAAAGUAUGGGCGGCCUAUUACAACUUGUGUUAAGGUAUUAGAUAUGACCGGUUUAAAGCUAUCAUCACUGAGCCAAAUUAAGUUAUUGACAAUCAUAUCAACUAUCGACGACUUGAACUACCCGGAGAAGACAAAUACAUAUUUCAUAGUAAACGCCCCUUACAUAUUUUCAUCUUGUUGGAAGGUAGUCAAGCCUCUGUUGCAGGAGAGAACUAGGAAAAAAAUACAAGUUUUAUCAGGCAGUGGAAGAGAUGAACUGCUGAAGAUAAUGGACUAUUCGUCUCUCCCACAUUUCUGCAAAAGAGAAGGCUCGGGAUCAUCGCGUCAUUCAUCUGAUGGAGAUGAAAAUUGCUAUUCUUUGGAUCAUCCCUUUCAUCAACAACUCUACAACUACAUCAAGCAACAAGCGGUGCAGGAAUCUUCGAGACCGAUCAAACAGGGAUCUGUUCAUGUAAGUCUACCUGAACCACCUGCAGAUGGAGCUGAAAUUGUUAAAACCAUUGAGUUAGAGUUGCACAAGUAGGGGAAUAGAUUAGGCAGCCUAAAAAUAUGAAAGCCAAGGUAAUAGAGAUGACGACUCCGUCUACGGCUUGAAGCAACAGAAACCUAACUCCAUGCAUUUCAACAAGACGUUGAUGGCUGCAGGACCGAAGUUCAUUUUGGAAGCCCUGCCUACGACAUUAACACGACAUGGCCAAUGUACUACUAUCCCAAGAAAAAAUCCAGGUUUAAGAUAAUAUAUUGCAUGUAAUUUCACAUAUAGGCUGACUAAGUAGGAUUGUCCUCUAGUCAUUGUUCUUUAGUUAGCUCCCUGUUGCGCAGACCAUUUCAUAUAUACUGAAAUGCACGGUUUCUAUUGAUAUAAUAAAUAUGUUCUUAUUUGUUUGUCUGAUA